CUGGUUUGCAGUCCACGGUACAAGUAUGAACAACAGCAACCAGCUGCUGAGCUCAGACAACAAGGGUUAUGCCUCACAGCUGUUUGAGCAACAGGUCAAUGGAGAUGGCCUCCCUGUUCAGGGUUCAUUUGUUGCCGCCUUUGCUCAAAGUAAUCUGGGGGAUGUGUCACCCAACACACGGGGACCUCACUGUCUGGACACCGGUCUUCCUUGUGAUAAAGAGACAAGCACCUGUAAUGGCAAGAAUGAACUCUGUGUGGCCUUUGGUCCUGGCCAGGAUAUGUUUGAGAGCACACAGAUCAUUGGCUCCAAUCAGUUUCAUGAGGCUUUGAACCUGUACAACUCUGCCAGCUUCAAGUUAAGUGGACCAGUAGACUUCAGACAUUCCUAUGUGGACAUGCCCAGACAGAAUGUCACACUGCCUGAUGGAUCCAAGGCACAGCUGUGUAAACCUGCCAUGGGCUACAGUUUUGCUGCAGGAACAACUGAUGGUCCUGGGGCUUUUGACUUUAAACAAGGGAGCACCAGUGGCAGUCCUGUGUGGGACUUUGUGAGAAACCUCAUCAAGGCUCCAACAGCCCAGCAGGUUCAGUGUCACAGUCCCAAGCCGAUCUUGCUAGACACCGGUGAGAUCACCGUACCUUAUCUGUGGCAGCCCCAAAUAGUGGACCACCAGAUUGUGCGGUUGGGUCAGCUGGUGAUCAUCGCCGUCCCUGGAGAGCUCAGCACCAUGGCUGGGCGCAGGAUGAGAAACACUGUCUACUCUACACUGGUAGAGACUGGCUGGCCAACAACUACCACAACUGUGAUAGCUGGCCUGGCUAAUGAGUAUUCCAGUUACAUCACAACCUUUGAGGAAUACCAGAUCCAGCGAUACGAAGGUGCCUCAACCAUCUAUGGCCCACAUACCCUACAAGGAUAUCUGGAGUCUUACAAGUGGCUAGCAUCUCAUCUGGCAGAGGGAACACCUUCAGCACCUGGACCUAGUCCGCCGGACCUGCUGGACAAGCAGCUGUCCUUCCUGCCUGGUGUGGUGUUUGACAGCGCUCCCUUUGGCAAAGACUUUGGAUCUGUCCUGGUAGAUGCCAAGCCUUCAUAUACCCAGGGCUCUGUGGUCACAGUCAAGUUUGUGAGUGCCAACCCCAGGAAUGAUCUCAAGACCAAUGAUACAUUCCUGGCUGUGGAAAAUCUGGCCGGGCCUGGCAACUGGCAGGUCAAGUACACAGAUGCACACUGGGACACCAGAUUUAAAUGGAUCAGGACAAGUACCAUCCUGGGUCACAGCGAGGCUGAAAUCACCUGGCAGAUUCCAGCCAAUCAGAUGUCAGGAUUGUACAGGAUACGACACUUUGGUACACGGAAGUCCUUGUUUGGUGGGUUGGCCACUUUUGUGGGGCAGAGCAGCCAGUUUUCUGUCACUGGUGUCUCCCCGAGAAAAGCAUUCUUUCAUGUCUUACACAUGUGA